CAUAACCCUAUAUUUAUUUCCUUCUAAACACGCCUUGGACAGCGUAUCGUCAAUAAGCUAUCAAAUCUCUGAUUUUGUGUUUUCUUUCUCUUCAACCUUUUUAUAGAUCUGUUGCCACAUAACUUAUAGGGAUAAUUGAUUUAUAAAUCGGUAAUUGUUUUUGGCAAUCAUGAGUGUGGUGGGUUUUGAUUUUGGUAAUGAGAACUGCCUUGUCGCUGUUGCAAGGCAAAGAGGGAUUGAUGUUGUGCUUAAUGAUGAAUCCAAGCGUGAGACUCCUGCUAUUGUCUGUUUCGGUGACAAACAGAGGUUCAUUGGGACUGCGGGGGCUGCCUCCACUAUGAUGAACCCCAAAAACUCAAUAUCCCAGAUUAAGCGGUUAAUUGGGCGCCUGUUUUCUGAUCCUGAAUUGCAAAGGGAUCUGAAGUCAUUUCCUUAUACAGUCACUGAAGGUCCUGAUGGAUUUCCUUUAAUUCACGCUCAAUACUUGGGUGAGAUGAGGACAUUCACACCUACCCAAGUCUUGGGAAUGGUGUUUGCAGAUUUGAAAAUCAUAGGCCAGAAAAAUCUGAAUGCAGCAGUGGUGGAUUGCUGCAUUGGUAUUCCCGUAUAUUUCACUGACCUUCAAAGGAGGGCUGUCUUGGAUGCAGCCACAAUUGCUGGAUUGCAUCCUCUCCGUUUGAUGCAUGAGACCACAGCUACAGCACUGGCUUAUGGUAUUUAUAAGACUGACUUGCCUGAGAAUGACCAAUUGAAUGUUGCUUUUGUUGAUGUUGGACAUGCCAGCCUGCAAGUUUGCAUUGCUGGAUUCAAGAAAGGUCAACUUAAGAUUUUGGCUCAUUCUUAUGAUCGGUCCUUGGGUGGUAGAGAUUUUGAUGAGGCUCUGUUCCACCACUUCGCCACCAAGUUUAAGGCAGAGUAUCACAUUGAUGUUCUCCAGAAUGCGAGAGCAUGUCUUAGGCUUAGGGCUGCUUGUGAGAAGCUGAAGAAGGUCCUUAGUGCCAACCCUGAGGCACCUCUUAAUAUUGAAUGCUUAAUGGAUGAGAAGGAUGUCAGAGGCUUCAUUAAGAGGGAAGAGUUUGAACAAAUUAGUACUCCGAUAUUGGAGCGUGUGAAGAGGCCUCUGGAGAAGGCACUUCAAGAUGCUGGACUUGUAGUUGAGAAUGUUCAUAUGGUUGAAGUGGUUGGCUCUGCUUCUCGCAUACCUGCCAUAAUGAAGAUUUUGACUGAGUUCUUUGGAAAGGAACCUAGGCGUACAAUGAAUGCUAGUGAAUGUGUUUCCAGGGGAUGUGCACUACAGUGUGCUAUUCUCAGUCCCACUUUUAAAGUGCGAGAUUUCCAGGUCCAUGAAUGCUUCCCAUUUUCAAUUGCUGUAUCAUGGAAAGGUGUGGCACUAGAUUCUCAGAAUGGAGCAGCAGAUCAUCAACAGGGCACGAUUGUCUUCCCUAAGGGAAAUCCCAUCCCUAGUAUCAAGGCUUUGACAUUCUAUAGGUCAGGGACGUUCUCCAUUGAUGUACAAUAUGCUGAUGUCAGUGAUUUGCAGGCACCAGCUAAGAUCAGUACAUAUACGAUCGGUCCUUUCCAAUGUACAAAAAGUGAACGUGCAAAAGUGAAGGUGAAAGUCCGUUUGAGUCUACAUGGGGUUGUGUCUGUUGAAUCAGCAACACUUUUGGAGGAAGAAGAGGUUGAAGUUCCUGUUGUGAAAGAGCCAGCAAAGGAACCUACCAAGAUGGAUACUGAUGAAUCUCUUAGUGAUGCUGCUACUACAGGCCCUAAUGAAGCAGAUGACAACAUGCAAGAAGAAAAGGCAGCUGCUGAUGCAUCUGGGGCUGAAAAUGGGGUUCCUGAGUCUGACAAGCCAACACAAAUGGAAACUGAUACCAAGGUUGAGGCUCCCAAAAAGAAAGUAAAGAAAACAAAUAUCCCUGUGUCGGAGGUGGUUUAUGGUGGAAUACCUGCAGCAGAAGUGCAAAAGUUACUAGAAAAAGAGUAUGAAAUGGCAUUGCAAGACCGGGUAAUGGAGGAAACAAAAGAUAAGAAAAAUGCUGUUGAAGCUUAUGUCUAUGAUAUGAGGAACAAGUUGAGUGACAAAUACCAUGAAUUUGUUCCUGAUCUGGAGAGGGAGGGAUUCACAGCUAAACUGCAGGAGACAGAGGAUUGGUUGUAUGAAGAUGGUGAAGAUGAAACCAAAGGUGUUUACAUUGCCAAGCUUGAGGAGCUCAAGAAACAAGGUGAUCCUAUUGAAGAGCGGUACAAGGAGUACACAGAUAGGGGACCUGUGAUUGAUCAACUUGUUUAUUGUAUUAAUAGUUACAGAGAGGCAGCAAUGUCUGGUGAUCUUAAAUUCGAUCACAUUGACAUGGCAGAAAAGCAGAAGGUAUUGAAUGAGUGUGUUGAAGCUGAAGCCUGGUUAAGAGAGAAAAAGCAACACCAGGACUCACUUCCCAAGCAUGCUACUCCAGUUCUUCUGUCAGCUGAUGUGAGAAAGAAGGCUGAGGCGCUUGAUAGGUUUUGCAGGCCUAUAAUGACAAAACCAAAACCAAAACCAGCCAAACCAACCACUCCUGAGACACCAGCAACCCCACCAUCUCAGGGUAGCGAACAACAACAGCAGGGAGGAGAUGCAAAUGCAGACCCCAAUGCUAACGCUGGUGCCCAUGAGACUGCAGGAGCUGCCGGUGGUGAGGUGCCACCUGCUUCUGGAGAACCAAUGGAGACAGACAAGUCAGAGACUGCCUCUGGUGCUGCAUAAUUCCAUGCAGCUCCCUGCCGUUUUAAAUUAAGAAAUUUGGUUCCUCUGUAUGAACUAUAAGGAGCCUGAGACGGACUAUUUGAUGGGCUGACAGUAUGCGAGGAUGUGGGGUCUUUGAGGUCUUGCCUUUUAUCUAUAAAGCCUUCAGAUUGGGUGGUCUGUCAAUUUUAUCGAGAGCUAGUCUCUAGAAUCCGGUUUUAAAGAAGGGGUUUAAGAGAAAUAUGUAAUACUUUAAAUGUCUUUGCUGGGGAGAGACCGAGGUUUCUCUGUUUUUUUCUAUGAUCGGUAUUUUAAUUGUCCACUCUUCUCCAUUCCCUUGGUCUGUAGGAUAUCCUCAGCAUUAAAUAUUGGUUUGUUUUCUCAUUUUUCGUAAUAUAAAUUUUUUAACUUUGCUUACAA